AUGGCUCUUGCAUUUCCAUGGCCUGGCAUAGUAACAUGCACCUUUACGGCCCUUGCUUUCGUGUUUAUGGCUGCGGACUGGGUUGGACCGGACAUCACCUUCACAGUACUUCUUGCAUUUCUAACAGCUUUUGAUGGAAAAAUUAUUACUGUAUCAAAGGCGGCUGCUGGUUAUGGCAACACCGGUCUCCUCACCGUCAUCUUCUUGUAUUUGGUGGCGGAAGGCGUCACCCAGACAGGAGGUCUUGAGCUGAUCAUGAACUACGUCCUAGGUCGCUCCCGCUCCGUGCACUGGGCCCUGGUUCGCUCCAUGUUCCCGGUCAUGAUCUUAUCCGCAUUCCUGAACAACACUCCUUGCGUUACUUUUAUGAUUCCAAUUUUGAUUUCCUGGGCAAGGCGUUGCGGCGUGCCACCGAAAAAGCUGCUCAUCCCCCUGUCGUACGCUGCCGUGCUUGGCGGUACCUGCACAUCUAUUGGAACAUCGACCAACUUGGUGAUCGUCGGCCUCCAGGAAACUCGGUACACCAAGGCUAAGAGAUUUGACGAGGCAAAGUUCAGGAUCUUCGAUAUCGCGCCGUACGGUGUGCCGUACGCUCUGUGGGGCUUCAUCUUCAUUGUCGCUACCCAGGCAACCUUCGGUGUGUCAGCUGCCCUGGAGGGCACGGGCGUUGCUGCUAAGUUCGCGAAUGCCAUUAUCGCAAUCGGCAAGGACGCGGGCGGUACAGGAGCUGCGCUCAUCGCUAUUUAUAUUGCGACAGCCCUGCUCUCAGAGCUGCUCACCAACAAUGCAGCUGGUGCGAUUAUGUACCCCAUCGCGGCUAUUGCUGGUGACGCGUUGAAGAUUUCUCCCCGGGACACUUCCAUCGCCAUCAUGCUGGGCGCGUCUGCGGGCUUCGUUAACCCUUUCAGCUACCAGUGCAAUCUGAUGGUCUACGCAGCGGGCAACUACAGCGUCAGGGAGUUCGCCAUCAUUGGAGCGCCGUUCCAGGUCUACCUGAUGAUUGUGGCGGGCUUCAUCCUGGUCUAUCGGCAUCAAUGGCACCAAGUUUGGAUCGUCUCCUGGAUCUGCACCGCCGCUUUUGUAGUCCUGCCAGCGUUGUACCUGCUGCUUCCAAGUCGCAUUUUGUUGCGCUUCGAAGCGGCCUUCGAGCGGAUUGGGGACGCGCUCAACGUCAAGAAGGCGAUCGCGCGCCGUCGCAUUCAAAACCAGCGGCAUCUGGCUAGCAACAGCUCCAGCAGCAGCUUGGGCAGCCCUAACGGCCGGGCGCUAAGCCUGCCAAAAGUAGCGCCCAAUAACACCCAAGGGUAA